AUGGAGGAGGCUGCGGCUUUAAAGGCUAGAUUACAGCAAUGCCAGUCAGAGACUGAACCUGAAAAAACAGAAGUAGCAACAGCUUUAGAAGCUGGAUUACAAGCACGCAUAAUAGAAUGGGAUAGCGAACUCUGUCUAGGGGCGCUAUCUUAUUUGCAACGCAGAUUGAUCAGACGUGAAUUAACCGUUGGCGCCAAAGAGACUGCUCUAACCAUAUGGGCAAACAGGGUUACGUUACUCGACAUGGACUAUACGAUGGCGCUUGCGAAGCUCCCUUAUUGCGGAGGGAGCUAUAUACGAUUCUCACGCCAACGAGCACAAUCUAGAGUGUAUUUCUGA